CUGUCAUAUGUUGCCAAGUGGUUUAUAUCGCAGACUUCAAAUUUCUUCCACUUCACCGCUGUGGGUUUUGAAACAAUUCUUUGGGCGAAGAAUUCUCAGUACGAGGAAGCCAUCCAGCUGGCUACGGAGGGUUGCUGGUUCUACCAAGGUGCUUGCUUGGAAGGGCACACAUAGUCUUACUUCAUCAUUAUAAGCUUGAGUGUCGUACUUGUGAUCUAUGAUUGUGUCGGCGCAACGUUAAAUCCAACAGACAUCAAAACUUCCAAGGCAGAUGACAAGGUCUAGGAAUCAAAAUCAAUGUUUUAGUAAUAAGACUUACUGCAAAGUUCCUUCUCUUUUACGUCACCAUUUUCACUCUACGGAGAUUGCCUACCUACAUUACAGACUACGUAGCACAUAAUAGAUGAAAAACUGCAGCAAUAGUGCAACUCUGAAUUGCUGUUUGUUUUUGUUUUAGAUAUUUUUGUUCGCCGGAGCAUGUAUUGUGGAGAAGGUGGGGGAUCAUAGUUUUGGAUCGUUGAAUGUCAAAUAACCUUGUCUUUCACAAUAGGAUUGUUAACCUUCGAGCAUCCCAGUUUAUGAAUUAAUCUGAAGAAGAAAUUGACACAAUAUGUGUGACCAAUAAGAUCUCUGUCAGAGUUAUGGCGUGUUUUGUGCAUUAAUACCGGUUAUUUGUAAUUAUAGUAACAGCGUCAUUUGUGCGAUGUUCGACAAACAAGACACCAGGUACAGUAAGUCUAUAGCCUUUCAAUAUAAUAACGAGUAUUAUGUUACACGAGCCUUGUUGAAGUUUUUUUUUUUGUAAUUAAGACCCAGUUGUGAUGACAAUGUGAAAUAGAAUAUUUAUGGUUAUAUUGAGUCACGUGUUUUUUGUGUUAUAUCUCCUAAAUCCGUAAAACAAUUUUUGAACCUUAUGUCGAACUAUAAAUGUAUGUUUUGCUGUUAUAAAUCAAGGUAAUACUAUCGCCUCUAGAUCAUAGAUGUUUGACGAAUGUUUUGUUGAGCCAAACUGACACCGUUACUUCCAGCUCUUUACGGUAGAGGAAGACCCUAAGCGCCCUCCCGGGAAUAAUUUUUCUCCCGGGGUUUGGGGUGGGGGUGGGUAGCUGGGUAGAACCACCAACCUUUCGUAAGCAAGCUGCAUGGCAUUCUCACAUGAAAAAUUCUACACCCUAUGCAAGAUUUUGAACCCACAUUGGUUAGGGGCAAGUAAUUUAUAGUCAACGACGGACACAGUUAGGGGCAAGACACCCCCACACCCCACCCCAAGUGAUUCAAAGUCAGCGACGGGCACGGAGUCUUCGUGGGUGUUAAAGAAACUUGAGCACACUGACCAUUUCACAUGUAUAUAACAGAUAUCUGUUUUUCAACAUAAUUGUUGUUUAACCUUUAGAUUCCGCAGUAGUUGAAUGCUUUUUAUUUGCGCAUAUGUCGCGGGAAAAGGUUAUUUUCACAACAUUAUUUACAUUAUAUAAAUCAUUUUGUGCAAUUUAGGGGUAAAUUUCAAAAGAAAGUUUAUAUUUUCCCAUUCUAUUAUGUCCCUCAACCGAAAACCCAUAAAAAUGUUUCAGACUUGCUUAUGUUGUUUACCUUCGACGACGGUGGACAAUAAAUGUUAUACGACACUUCAAAAACGGAGAUUAAGAAUUUGGAGUGAUUUUGCUGUUUAUUUGAAUGACCUAUAUGUUAUUUAUGAUAAAGUUAAAAUUCGGGACACUAGACUAUCAAAAUAUAUAUCAUUAGGGAGGACCGUGCGUUUCAAUGCUGGAUGGGAAAAUUGUGAUACUGUUACAUAAUGCAUAUAUUAUUAAUCAACUAAAGGUAGUUUAAUCACGUUAAUGUUCUGAAGAAAAGCAAGUGAAAGUAUAAACAUUUAUUAUUCUGUUUAAGGUAUAUACACAUUUUAUACGCAAACCGCUUCAACAUGUCAGGAAUUCAGAAUAAUGCCGGUGCUAACUUCACAUUGAACAACUAUUUCUCAUUCGCGGAACCGUUGAUGCUUUUCAUGUUUGUUACAAGACAGUUUUCCGUCAACGUUAGUUUUCCAUGCAGCCAUAUUGGACAAGAAUAUUCUUUAACGUUUUCCAGCCAAUCGGAUGACGUAUUCACCAUUCAAAGCAAUAAGAGCAUGACUUUCACGUGCAUUGAAGUUGAUGCCCAAGCGGAUUAUCUAUCCACAUCGGAUAGUAGCGCCGAUGGAAUACUAAAAGAGAAUAUUGACAUCAGCCUGAAAGGAAAUCUCUUAGGGCUCUCGCGACUUCUCGUCGAGAUUAUGGAACCCGAUCUCACCGUCAAGUUCUAUGACGUGACUUCAAGAAAGACGGAACCAUUAGACAUUACACUUCCGGUUGCAAGAAACAAGCGCCACGAAAUAUGGUUUCCAGUCACAGUUCUGAGAAAUAUACGGACAGUUGACAAAAUAUUUAUGUAUCUGAUUACAGUGUUUCUUAUCCUUAUUACAAUGGGGUUUGGCUGUCAACUAGAUUUAGGAAUUGUUAAAGAAUGUUUGAAAAAACCGGUAGCUCCAGGAAUAGGAUUUGGUUGUCAGUACCUUGUCAUGCCGCUGCUUGGUUUUGCCAUCGCCAAAUUCUUGCCUGUCGAUAUAGACAGGAGCGUAGCCCUGGGGAUAUUUGUUUGUGGCACGUGUCCCGGAGGAGGUAUUAGCAAUAUCUACACGUAUCUUCUAGACGGGGACGUAUCAUUGUCCAUAACCAUGACGUUUGUGAGCACUGUAACAUCUUUAGGUAUGAUGCCGCUGUGGAUCUAUACCCUUGGUAGGCUGUUUGUGGAUGACGACUACAACAUAACUAUCCCUUACAUAAACAUGAUCCAGAUCAUUGCCUUGAUUACAGUUCCUUUGUUCAUCGGAAUCUUUAUAAAAUAUAAAUUCAUCAAGAUUGCAGUUACUAUCCUAAAGCUUCUUAAACCAGUCACUGUAAUUUGUAUAUUAGUGUUCCUAACUGUUGGGUUGUAUUCAAAUUGGUAUAUAUUCAAACUGUUCAGACCCCUGCAUAUACUUGCUGGAUGUUUAUUACCUUACCUUGGCUACAUCAUAGGGGGCGCUAUCGCAGCAAUUUUAAAACAGCCAUUUGCGCGGGUGAAGACCAUUGCAUUAGAGACUGGAAUGCAAAAUGUAGGCGUGGCUUAUUUACUAAUGAUUUCAUCGUUCCCUCCUCCCCACGGUGAUCUAUCUUCCGUUGCACCAAUGGCAUCUGCUCUGAUGACGCCGUUCCCGCCAUUUUUAGUGACUAUUGUUUACUUAAUAUACAAAAAAUGCUUCAAGAAGUAUGAGCCAGUACUUGAAGACGAGCCUGAGGUCAAGGUUAAUGCUAACGGAGAUCAACAGGUAUUAGAACAACUGAGUUCUGUAUAGCACUAAGGCCUGGCAAACUGCAGACCUCACUUUUCCACGUACCAUGAGAAAAAUGAAGUUCAGCUGGUAACGAUACACUUUUGAUGAUUAAGAAUAAAAGAGACGUUCAAAAUGUACUGGUGCCAUCAAUCUUGCAAACUGAUGUUGUGGUUGAGAAACAAUAUGUCUUAAAGCUACAUUUUUGAAAUAUACUGCAUCACUUACACAUAACUUUUAUCCUUUAAACACUAAAAAACAGACACUUUAGUAAAAUCCUUUUAUUUUUUUUUAAAAUAAUAUUUCGAGAUAGAUCUAGUUCCUUUUGUCUUUACUUACGGUUAGUACUAUCUCUCCUGUGAAUCAUGUUUGAUAAUAUUUUUAAAAAUCUGUAUUCUACAAUAACAUUCAACAUAUUUAUUUAUAUAUUUAUUUUCAGCUGGAAUCUGGCUUUUAGAGGGUGUAUAAUAUCGGUUGCUUGCUUUAAAUGUGACUGCUAUUCACACAGUAAUUUAGACGUUUAUAGGUUGUUUUAAAGUCUCUUACAAUUCACAGACGGUUUAGAUAUAACCUGACAUAAAUGCUCCAUAUAACGAAACUAAAUGUCAUGUGCGAUACCUAUACCUUAAGUAUAAUAUUUUUUAAUGUUUAUUCUAUGUAAACUGUUUAUUAAUAAAACUAUAAUAAAUUAAUGAAACUAUAAUAAAUGAUAAAAAAAAACUAAGAUUAAAACUUGUUUUUCAUUA